AGUAAAUAAAAUGCGUGCGUUGUGGGCCGGCGCGGGUGUUUGGGGGGCGCAGGGGGCGCUCUAACUCACGACCUACGUCUCUCUAGGUUGUCGAGGUCGGUGAUCGUUGUAAAAAACCGGCCGACACUCCACGUGGAGGCGAAUGACUUGGGCACGCACGCUCGUGCCUCUAACUCAGCCUUGUCCUAUAGCGAGUGAGCGGCCUCGCUUUAAACGCCACAGUUGUUCGCCUCGAUGCAUCGCCUCCUCGUGCCGUUCGUUUAGUUGUUUUGGCCUGACCAAUCAACGUUUAUUAUAAAUAGAACGCGUUGCCUUCUGUCAUUUAUUAUAAACAAUCGGCGGCCGUUUUGACGUUUUUUCGCUCAUCAUGACCUACCUUGCGAUUGAAUUGGGGUGCGUUCGUUGACUCCGGGUUGUCUUUUCGGGGGGUCAAAAACCGCCCGCUACCCCCACCUACGCAAUGCACACGCACGGGGCGGGGCCCCAUCAUCAACGCACUCGCACUUGUCCCCUGCAUUGUUAUAGUGCACUUGGAGGCAGUGCCUUCCGGGACGUCUUGAUGUGUUGUUUGGGUUCGUUUCAUUUGUAAUGGCUCAGAAAAGUGCUGAUGGUGGUGAUAAGGUGCAGGAGGUUUUUAUCAAAAAUUUAUUCAUGAGGUGCAAGGAGGAACGGAGCGAGACUCCUUGGCAAAUGCCGGAAAUGGUCGGUUAUUACACCGAAGACCCCUUGGCCAUAGCGCCUGUUCCUACCGUUGACGAAGCCCGUCUUUCAGUAAAGAAAGUCGUCUGCAGCCCCGAUUUACCAAUGCCCGAAUUUCCCUCUGGUGCUGCUCCCCAUCCUGAUCAAACCAUCAACAUCCAGUGUCAAAUUUGCAAUAAAAUGUUCGCCACAAAAUCGGCUUUCCAAGCGCAUCAACGCACUCACACCCGCGAAACGGAAGAUCCCUACCGUUGUAACAUUUGCUCCAAGACUUUUGCAGUCCCGGCUCGACUCACACGCCACUACCGUACUCAUACCGGUGAAAAACCGUUCCGUUGCGAAUUUUGCAAUAAGCGAUUCAGCGUUAAAGAAAACUUGAGCGUUCAUCGAAGAAUUCACACCAAGGAACGUCCUUAUAAAUGUGAUGUUUGUUCACGAGCAUUUGAACAUUCGGGAAAAUUGCACCGACACAUGAGGAUUCAUACAGGGGAAAGACCGCACAAGUGUGACGUUUGCUCGAAGACUUUCAUCCAAUCGGGACAAUUGGUCAUCCACAAACGGACGCACACCGGGGAAAAACCCUACGUGUGUACGGUUUGCUCCAAGGGGUUCACGUGCAGCAAGCAAUUAAAGGUCCACAGCCGCACCCACACGGGUGAAAAGCCCUACUCGUGCGAGAUUUGCGGCAAAUCCUUCGGCUACAACCACGUGCUAAAGCUGCACCAGGUGGCCCACUACGGUGAAAAAGUGUACAAAUGCACCAUUUGCAACGACACUUUCACCUCGAAGAAGAGCAUGGAAGCACACAUUAAAAGCCACUCGGAGAACGCUCCAACCCCACCUGCAUCCUCCACCUCGAACGAAUCCUCCUGCUCAUCCAGCACUAGUGACAAAGAGAACAAAGACUCAUUACCGAUGCCUCAAGACCCUCUUAGCUACGAUUCGGACAUUCGGUAUUUAAUCUACCCGAGAGACUCCGGUUACAUGGUGCCCCAAACGGGGGUAGAGCUUUUGGCGGCGGCGGCCACCGCCACCGAACGCGAGGACGUGGUGUUUAACAUCAUCACGAAAAAUCCGGUGAUGAUCCGGCAACCGUAUUUCCAAACUCCUAGUGUGCAAUACACACCGUUGAAUGCUGGUGAUGCGAUAAGGAAGAAGGUGGAGGCGGUUUUGGGGGUGGGCGAGAUGCCCUCCUCCGAAGAGGAGAAUAUUUUAACACCUCCUAGUUCGAAUCCUGUUUCGCCAGCAGCGUCACCUGUUUCGAUGAGUUCACCAGAUCGGGAGUUGAGUCUUCCGCCAAGGAAGAGGUCCAGGAUGAUUUUAAAAUCUUUGGAAGAGACAAUAGACUUAUCACCAGUGCGUUACAGUUCGGUGAUACAAUAUGCAGGAGCGUCGUAAAUCAAUUAGGAAAUGGUUUGAGUUUGUUUUUUUUUUUUUGGUUACAGACUUGAUUAGUUGAUUUCUUGCCGGGAGCUUUAAUCAACGUUCAAACAACACCAAAACGGACUUUUUUUUUCUCUGUGAUAAGACUGUAUGAUAUAACCGACUUUUUACCUCAUUGCAGUGCCUAGGGUGGAGAUACCCUCGCAAUAUUGUGUUACACGAGACUGGAAGUGUAAUGCUCAUCUCAUUAUUAUUUUAUUUAGUAUUUUUAUUCUAUUUUCCAAUCUUAUAGCUAAUUGAAAAAUAGCGUAAAAUGUUGUAGAUGUGGUUUUUCUAUUGAUUUUUAAUAAUGUUUUUCAUUAUGUAAAAGUGUACUGUAUUUCAUAGUCUGAACCGUUGAUUGAAAUACAACUCAAUGGUAGUAACUUAUUGUAUUCCUUAUCAUCAUCUAUGUAUUGAAUAAACGAUUCGCUAAAAUAAAAAUGUAUAUUGAA